AAAUAAUCCUUUAAUUUUCGAAUAAAAUAAUAAGAAUAAUCACAUUUCUAAAAAAAUAUACGCUAAAAACUCAUUACCCGUUAAUAUUAUUUGAAUUAUACUAUUAUAAAUUAUAACAAAUUAAUUGAAAUUUUCAAAUUAAGUAGAGUAUAUUCAUAAUUCUAUCCUAGCUAUAAUGGGAGAAUUUGUUUAGUAGUGAAUUAGUGUAUUUACCUCAUAUUCAUCACCUUAAGGUCGUUUAGGGCGGGCCGGGUGGAUGGAGCCCGUCAAAGAAAUGGCAGCAAAGCUAGCUCAUGACCCACAUCAACAAACUCCGUCAGUACGGCAAGUGUUUCUCCCUGGCCCCUUAAUAGUCGGGGCAGGCCCAUCAGGCCUUGCAGUGGCUGCAUGCUUAAAGGAGAGGGGGAUCCCUAGGGUUAUUCUAGAGCGAGCCCAUUGUCUGGGCUCGCUCUGGAAAUUUCGAACCUAUGAUCGGCUUAGACUCCACCUUCCGAAGCAAUUCUGUCAGCUUCCGUACCUCCCAUUCCCAGAUCACUACCCUACUUACCCUUCCAAGGAGCAGUUUAGCACUUACCUAGACUCCUACGCUCAGCACUUUAACCUAAAGCCCGUUUUCGGACAGGCUGUUGUUAAGGCUGAGUACGAUACUAGGCUCAAGCUAUGGCGAGUUCGGGCCUGCGGGCCAAAGAAGGAGAUGAUUGAGUAUGUAUGUAAAUGGUUGAUAGUAGCAACAGGAGAGAAUGCAGAAGCUUAUGAGCCUGAGUUUGAAGGAAGAGAUAAUUUUGUAGGGCCCAUAAUACAUUCAACUGAGUAUAAGAGUGGGCAUGAGUUUAAUGGAAAGAAGGUUUUGGUAGUUGGGUGUGGAAAUUCUGGUAUGGAACUUUGCUUGGAUCUUUGUAAUCAUAAUGCUUAUCCUUCCAUGGUUGUUAGGGAUUCUGUACAUAUAUUGCCACAAGAAAUACUAGGUGUUUCAACUUUUGGAAUGUCAAUGUGGUUGUUAAAGUGGUUUCCACUUAAGGUAGUGGAUCAAAUAUUGCUCCUAAUCUCUCGUCUAAUGCUUGGUGAUACGUCCCAAUUAGGGAUAGAUAGGCCGACAAUUGGUCCCCUUCAAUACAAGAACAUCUCUGGAAAAACUCCUGUGUUGGAUGUUGGGACACUUGCCGAAGUCAAAGCUGGAAACAUUAAGGUUUUUCCAGGAAUUAAAAAAUUUACACAUCAAGGGGUAGAGUUUGUUGAUGGAAGAACUAAGAAUUUUGAUGUUAUUAUCCUUGCAACUGGUUAUAAAAGCAACGUACCAUCUUGGCUACAAGACACUAAGAUGUUCUUAGAGAAUGAUGGAUAUCCGGUGAAACAAUUUCCAGAUGGAUGGAAAGGAGAGAAAGGGCUAUAUGCAGUAGGGUUUACAAAACGUGGGUUGCUUGGUAUAACUCAUGAUGCUAUCAAAAUUGCACAAGAUAUUGAACGAGAUUGGAUCACUCAAGCAAAGCAUUUGAUUUCUACAAAAAUCAAUCGUUUAAGUAAACAAUCAAAUGACAUUGAAGAUAAUUAUAUUUAGGUAGAAUUAUUUAAUGCUCACUAAGAUUUUAAUUUUAUGUAUAUUUUUGUGUAUACAAUUCAGGAUGUUUUUUGCUAGAUAGGCAAAAUUUUUAGGAACUUUGUUGAUAGGAUAAGAUAUCUAAGCCAAUUGUUCUUAGGUUUCAAUUAGCAUUUAGUAGCUUAAUUUGAACAUAUGACUUAGUGUAAUGCAAUCAAAUUUUGUAUUGAAUGAUUCUCUUCAGUUAG